CGCACAGCGCGCUCCGCCCCUCCCGAGUGCUGGUAAACAGAAACGUCAGCGGGAAGUUUUGUGGAGAAGAAAAGAGAAAAGAAAAGUGACAGACCGCGAGCGGAACCGGGCCGGGGGCGGGGCCGGAGGGAGGUGGGCGGGGCAGUGGAGCUCCGGGGACAUGGAGGGAGACGAGCCGCCCCCGGUGGACAUUGACCCGGACUUCGAGCCCCAGGCCAGGCCCCGCUCCUGCACAUGGCCCCUUCCCAGGCCGGAGCUGUCCGUGGCGACCCCCGCGGGGACCCCUACCGCGGAGGAGGGGCGAGCCGAGGCCCCGCCCCUGCCCAACGAGGGCCCCGGAGUCACCCCAAGGAAAGGCGGGUCCCGGAGGAACGCCUGGGGGAACCAAUCAUACGCCGAGCUCAUCAGCCAGGCCAUCGAGAGCUCCCCGGAGAAGAGGCUGACCCUGGCCCAGAUCUACGACUGGAUGGUGAGGAGCAUUCCCUACUUCAAGGACAAGGGCGACUCCAACAGCUCCGCAGGGUGGAAGAACUCGAUCCGGCACAACCUCUCCCUACACAGCAAGUUCAUCAAGGUUCACAACGAGGCGACGGGGAAGAGCUCCUGGUGGAUGUUGAACCCGGAGGGCGGGAAGAGCGGCAAAGCUCCGCGCCGCAGAGCCGCCUCGAUGGACAACAGCAGCAAACUGGCCAAAGCCCGUAACAAAGUAUCGAAGAAGAAGGCCCAAGGUCCCGGAGAUCCUCCCGCGGGGAGUCCCGGCUCCCAAUCCUCCAAGUGGCCCGGCAGCCCCUCGCAGAGUACGGAGGACCCCGAGGUGUGGACCAGCUUCCGCUCCCGCACCGGUUCUAACGCCAGCAACCUCAGUCUCCGGCUGUCCCCUAUCCUGACCGAGCAGGACGACGCCGCCGACCACGACCUCCACUCCUCGCUCAGCUUUUCCGAUAGCGUCCCUCCAACCGUCACCGAGGAACUGGAACUUAUCGACGGCCUAACCCUGCGGUCCUCGGGGGCGGCGCCCUUACCCGCUCCACAGUCCAUGUUACAGACGCCCUCCGGUUUCUCCAUGCGCCCGCCCCAGUCCUUCGGGAACUCUCUGUUCAGCCCCAUCUCUCCGGUGUCCAGCCAUUUCCCGCGACCUCAGACUCUGGAAGCCCUUCUGACCUCGGACUCCCCUCCCCCCAGCAAUGUGCUGAUGAGUCAGGUGGACCCGGUGCUGGGGCAGAGCGGCGGGCACAAUUUACUUCUGCUGGGCGGGCAGAACAAAAUCCGAAGCCCCGAGCACCCCGGCGCCCCUCCAGCGCCCCCAAAUAGUCUGCCGCUGUUGGGGCUUCCUCCAUUGUCGUCUAUGCCCCUCCCCCGACCACACUCGUUCCCUACCGUCUCCGAACGUCUUCCUACAGACCUGGACAUUGACAUGUUCCUGGAGAACCUGGAGUGUGACGUGGACUACAUCAUCAACAACGACCUGAUGGAGGAGGGGGGCCUGGACUUCAACUUCGAACCCCUGCACCCCGGCAACACCCCCAGCAACAACCACAGCUGGCUUCCCAGCUAGACCCGGAUUUCAUGGAAGGCGGAUCCCUACAUCAGCUACGCCGAGGGACGCCGGGCCAAAACCAGGGAUCCCUUGCAGGACGCCAUCCCAGGAGAACACACAGGGGGUCACCUGAACCCCAAAGUACGACGUCCUAUCAGAACCCUGCACACGGGGGGGUCACCUGAACCCCAAAGUACGACGUCCUAUCAGAACCCUGCACACGGAGGGGUCACCUGAACUCCAAAGUACGACGUCCUAUCAGAACCCUGCACACGGGGGGGGUCACCUGAACCCCAAAGUACGACGUCCUAUCAGAACCCUGCACAGGGGGGGUCACCUGAACUCCAAAGUACGACGUCCUAUCAGAACCCUGCACACGGGGGGGGUCACCUGAACCCCAAAGUACGACGUCCUAUCAGAACCCUGCACAGGGGGGGU